AUGCGUCACUUCGACACCUGGGUCCUCCGCGACCCCUAUUCAAUCUGGCACUACUACCCAACAGGCCAUCGCUGGCGCGACACAGUCCGCGACCUAAUCCAAUCGCGCGCAAUCUGCUCCCCAGAAACCCCAAGCAACCAAGGCUUCAAUCAAUCGCCCAUAAACCCCUAUGCAAACUCCCAACCCCAAUCCCCACUCCUCCGCCUCCCCGCCGAACUGCGCCAAAUGAUCUGGUCCUACGUCCUAACAAACGACUCCGAUCCAAACACCCCAACCCCCCAAACUCUCCAUCUAGUCCAAUUAAAAGGAAAAAUCAAACACGUACGAUGUAACUCUCCAAAGCCAAUCCCUCCAAAUACACCAGCCCGCCCCGCCCAAACAGCCCCCGAUCAACCAAACCCAGCCCUAACCCAUAACCGCCACUGCUGCCCCACGACCCCAGCCCGCUGGCGCAUCUACGACGGCCGCGUCCCAGGCCACAGCGACAGACUGCUCUACCCACACACGCAUGCAGACCUCCCCUCAACACUAAGCAACAGCAACGUCUCCUUCCUGCGCGUCUGCCGCUCCAUCCACGCAGAAGCACAGUCCAUACUGUACAAAGCGUCUGUCUUCGACGUAGACGAUCUCUACACGUUCAUUGCAUUUUCCAGCUCGCUGUCGCCAAUUGCGCGGAGCUCAAUCCACAGAUUAACUGUCCAAUGGAUGCCUGUAUGGAUUCCGAUGGCCGGGCUCGAUCACAAGGGGUCUAUCUAUGCGCAUACGCACAGCGAUGAGCUCUGGGCUCAGUUUUGGGGUGCUGUUUCCCAGCUCGGCGGGUUGAGGGAGUUGGGGCUGAGUUUGGACUUGGGGAGAUUUACCGGUGUGCUUGGGAGUGGUGGGGGAACUGUUGUUUCUGGGCAGAGGAUUCCGUUUGGGAUGGGGGAGGGAUGGGUUAAGCCUUUGCUUGGGGUUGCGGGGUUGAGGAGUUUUGAUUUGGCGGUUACCGCUAGAUGUGAUCUUAUUGCCAGGGGGGUUGUGGAGAGUGACUUGGUUAAGGAGGUUGGGGAGUUGAGGGAUGGUUUAAGAGAGAUAUUGUAUAAGCCGAGAGAGGUUGGUGGUGGGUUGGGGUUGAAGAGGGGGGUGGAGUGUGCUUUGGAAGGCGGGAAGAAGGAGAGGAGGGUAAGAUUGGCUAUUACUGCUGCUUGA